GCUAGACGGAAAAAUCUACUGUCUUGUAGACAGCAUGCAGUCAGCUGCGCACACACUUACACUUGCAGUCGCGCUGUCGUCGUCUUUUAGUCUUGCUAUAAAAGCGAAAGCAUCGCUUCGUGAAGGCUUUAGUAGACACAUCAAACAAACGCCAAACAUCUCAGAAAGCCAACGACUCAGAAAGAAAGACGACCACACAAUGCAGGGAUACAGGAGAACGUUUACUUUUGUGCUGCCGCUAUUGCUGCUGACAGCUGAAGUCAUGUGUGCCGGAGUUAGAUCCACACAGCCGAAGGCGAAUGUCGCCAGCGCCAGUGAUAGCGAGAAUGACGGUUCCUAUGUGCCGGAUUCAAGCGGCAAUUAUGUGGCCGACAGCGCGGGACUGUAUGUGGAGGACAACGCAGGUGCUUAUCACGCCACCGGCGAGGAGGGCAGGUGGUUGGCCGACGACUUGGGUGUGUACCACGACGACCUAACAUGGCGCUAUGUGGCGGAUAAUAGCGGUGCUUGGGCGCCAGACAACAGCGGCAGCUAUGAUCCGGCGCUAGAGAUUGAAGGUGUCUAUCAUCCGGACCAAUCCGGCGUUUACAAGGCAGAUAAUACUGGCGCGUAUUCGAAGGAAUACGAGCAGCUCGCGGGCCAUUAAGAACUCGUCGGAGUAGUCUUUAAACAGCAACCAAUAAUGAUGUUCCACAACUGCCGUUAGAAAAUAUUGAAAUGUGAAUGUAAACACUAAUAUGUAUUAUUAAAAUUUUAUAUAUCACCAACACGAA